AUGUCUGCAAGUACGGUGCGUGGCAUCUCCGCCGCCGAAAUUGCGAAGUUCCGUCGGCUGCAGGGACACUGGUGGGACCCCAACGGUCCUCUCCGCACGCUGCAUCUCCUCAACCCCGUGCGCGUGCAGUACAUCUGCAACGCCUGCAAGCACUAUUCGAAGCGGUCGAGUUUUCUAAGUGCAUCGGGCAUCACGCCUGGGAUGCGCGUGUUGGACGUCGGUUGUGGCGGUGGCAUUCUCUCCGAGAGCAUCGCGCGACUUGGUGGCAGUGUGCUGGGCAUUGACAUGUGCGAGGAGAGCAUCACUGUGGCGCAGCAGCGGCGCGAUAAAGUACUGCGCCGCAUGGCGUCGCAAGCUGCAGAGGAGGGUGCAUCGUCGCUCGAGUAUCGUUACGUCUCCCUUAACACCAUUGUGGCGGAGGAGAAGCAACAGUUCGACCUGGUGCUUGCCUCGGAGGUCCUUGAGCACGUGGAGGACGCUCAUGGCUUUGUUCGUGAUCUCUGCGAGGCGACAAAGCCCGGCGGUGUUCUAAUCGUUUCCACGAUGGACAAGUCGCUGCGCACGGCCAUCAGCCACAUUGCUCUUGCCGAGUACCUCACCGGGCUGGUCGAGCCUGGGACGCAUGACUGGACCAAGUUCGUGCCGCCACAAGACCUCACGAGGAGCGCGUUGCAGCACCAAGUGCGGCAGGUUGACCUUCAGUAUAUCGUGACGUGUCCCGACCUUUUCAGCUCACUUGCAACUCGUCGGCUGCAGUUGAGCUUCUCCCUCUCGAAUUGUUUAGACACAGGUCACUACUUCUGGGCCGGCGUGAAGGUACCCACACCCACCACAACAGGCAGCAGUGCCACUGUCUGA